CUACCCAAAACUGACUAAAAAAAGAACAUAUUUUUAUUGAAGCUGCAUAAAGACGUUGUUAUCCGUGUUCCACUGCACGCUAUCACCAUCAAGCAUUAAUGAAAGCCUCAAAAAUCUGUCGUUAGGGUACACUUUGUCCCCCACCCCCAUCCCCCUCACCCAUGACCCCGUCAGGACCUGCUGGGCUCAUGGUUCCCCACUCUCACAGUGGCUUCUCGCUGAUUUCAGCCUCCACGGUCGUCCUCAGGCUCUCCCCGUUCCUCUGCAAGGCUGCAGAGAUGUUGGCCGUUACUUAACAUGCCAUCAUGUUUUGUCUCUCGCUUGUUCUCGGCGUUAAUUAUGAACGUGUCAUCUGUCGGUUUAUGUCGUAUGUGUGUGCUUUCAUGUAUGUGGGUGUGUGUGAGACGCUCCAGUCUCAGUUGGGCAAAAACAAUGGAACCUCUCUGAUUACAUCUCCCUGUACAGGCGGGCAGGGUGUAUGUGUGUAUCUCUGUGUGUGUUUGUGUGUAAAGCCUCACGGGGGACGAAGGGGUGGCAGUUGCAACGGAGAAAAGAGGGGGAGGCAAAGUUUUGAACUCCCCUUCUUUAACUGUGUGGCGCGCGCGCUCGUUCCGUCCCUCCUGCUGCCAUCUGACACCUCAUUGGAUAAAUCCCCGGCUAUAUUUGUGUCUGAUUGGUCAGGGCGGAGUAUAUAUAGGCGGCGUGGGUCGGUUAAAUCUGGCCACAACUUUAAAAACUUUCAAACAAGGUUGACAGGCAGAGACAGUGUGUCGGAGGGCCUGACUGACAGAGGGAAACCACGCUUGGGACAAACCACUGCACCACACACUCCAAACAAGAACUGUUGUUUUUGAGGAAAAAAGAAAGACUUUGGACGACAGACAGCGGCAGAGUUACUGUGGAGAUUUUUUUUCUUUUUUCUUUUUAAUUUUUUUUUUUGCAGAGGAAUAUUCUGCACUGCUGUUUGUUUGUUUUCUCUUUCUUUCUCUUACUCUCCUUCCUCUCAGAUCUCCAUGCUUUGCUUUGGGAUUUGUGCUCCAAAUCCAUCCAGUUCUUCUCCUGAUCCCUCACAUUUUUACCAUCUGAACCGUUUUGAGUUACAUUUUUGUUCCAGACGUUUGCAACCAAACAAACUGAGACAGACGUUUGCAGAAUUUGACUUGGACUAAGAGUUAAUUCCAAGCCUGGUUCUGGAAUGAAUUUAGCAGAGCCCAGAUUGUGCAGAGAGACUCCCCUGCAUCCCAGCCGGGUGCCUCUCGGAGGCCCCUGGACGUCAGAGAGUCCAAGUCCUGCCUCUGACCCAGAAGUGGGUUUUGAGCAGAACCACUCCGGAGACUGCAGUUCUACUGAUGCUCUCGGAGCGGAGAACAUGAGGAGGGCAGAUCCCAGGAUGGCUUCAUCAGCAAGCUCUGGGGGACAGAGUACGGAUGUGAUCCAGGGUGGAGGCAUGUCGCCCGAACCCAGUGAUGGGAAAACUCCGGCGGCUGAGCAGAGGAUUCGCAGGCCCAUGAACGCAUUUAUGGUCUGGGCAAAGGAUGAGAGGAAGCGGCUGGCAUUGCAGAACCCUGACCUGCACAAUGCUGUACUCAGCAAGAUGCUCGGUCAGUCGUGGAAGGCUUUGAGUGCCUUGGACAAGCGACCGUUUGUGGAGGAAGCAGAGCGUCUCCGUGUCCAACACCUUCAAGACCAUCCGAACUACAAGUACAGGCCUCGCCGCAAAAAGAUCACCAAAAAGCUGAAGAGGGUCGAGCCAGGGCUCCUGCUGCACACGUUAACCCAAGGAGGAGGCCAAGGCCUUGGCUUGGGUGCAGAGGGUGUUUCUACAGGUUCUGCUUACGGACAUCCAAGCUCCCAUCCCCAUCAUCACCACAUCAACCUGCAUCCGUCUGUGGGACACUUCAGAGACCUCCAGGCUCCAGGACACCCAGAGCUGGAGAGCUAUGGCCUACCCACCCCGGAGAUGUCCCCGCUGGAUGUUCUGGAGGAUGGAGCAGGAGAACCCGUGUUUUUUCCUCAACAUGUUCAAGAAGAAGCAGCAAUGGGAGGUUGGGGUGGGUAUCACCACAACCCCCACCACCACCCUCAUCAUCACAACCAGCAGUACAGCCAUCUCUACAGCAACCACAGUCACCACAACUCGAUGCAUGGGCAGGGUUGUGGAAUGAGUGUUAGUGCUGGUUUAAGUAACAGUUUAAAUCCUAGUCUCAGUUCAGGAAGAAAUUCCAAACUUGAUUCUAGAUUAAACUCUGUCGACCCAAACAUGGCCGCCAGCAUGGGCUCUGUUGCUUUGGUCAUCCCCAAGUUAAAUCUGACCCAUUCCUCUGCCCAUCAAGUUCCCGUUAAGAGUCCUGUGAAGGGUCAGCCUUCUCCUGACUCCUCAGUACCUAUGUCCUAUCCCCACUCUUCCAUCAGCCUUCCUGAGCCAGUGAAAUGCCUGCAAGCGACUCCAAACACAGCCCCAGUUAGCUUUUACAGCCCGAUGUAUGGGAGCAGCACCACAAAUUCUUCUCAGUUUAAUUCCUCCCAGCUGGGGCAGCUUUCACCUCCACCUGAAACUUCUCCUGCUUCCUGCUUGACAUCCUGUGUCCCAUCAUCUGCGUUUCUACAUUCUGUUCAGUUAGACCACUCCAGUGUUGAGGCCACUAGCCACAUGGGGUCUUCUGCUGAGUUUUGGUGUGAGGUGGACAGACAUGAAUUCAACCAGUAUGUAAACAUAGGAAGAAACCAAGAGGAAGUCUACGGACCCCAUAGAGGUAGUUCAAAGGUCCAGGGCAGCUGCACUGGCAGUGGCAUGGCUAGCAGCAGUAACAGCAUUGUUGGUAACAUAAUUAACAGGGACGUCAGUAGUAUUACGAGCGGAGCUGGUGGUUGUGAUAAUGGGAGUAGCCCUCUCAUAUCUGCACUUUCAGAUGCCAGCAGUGCUGUCUAUUACAGUGCCUGCAUAACUGAAUGAGUGCAUGACAUCAUCUCCCACAUAGUCUGUACCUCUGACUAUGUGAUAGUAAACUGGUGUGACAUAACAAGAAGGAAAACACUCUGUUUUAGUCAAGUCAUUGUUAGUUCAGAUUUGUCUGUCUGAAGUUCUUUUUCAGAAGUCAAAAUAGCAAAAGAUUCCGUUUUUUAAUGUGAAUUAGCUAUAAUAAGAUGUAUAUAAGAAAUCACACUAAAAGGCACAAUAAGCGAGACAAAAGAGUCAGAGAUAAGUCUGUCAGUCAGACUUCAUUAACUGCACAAUAAUUCUAGGACAUGUUUGUAACGUGCUACACGUUAGCCAUGUUAGCAUAUUCACAAUACCUGUAACUCGUGAAAAACAGACUGAUACCGCUAAAACAAGUGUAAGUGUGACUACGCUAACUCACAAUCUUGUUAGUAAAAUGUAAAAAUAAACAGUCCGACACUGCUACACGUUAGCAGGGUUAGCUUAUUUCCAAAAACACCCAUUCUUGUUGGCAGCACCAUAAUUAAUCCAUUCAUAAAGUGUUGCGGAUUCUAAAGCACACUGUUGUUUUUGAAAAAAAUAAAAUAAUACGGCUUUUAAGUGCACAUUAUAGUGUAGAAAAUUUGGUAAUUCAAUGCCAGGCAGAAAAACAAAUGCAAAAAUGGUAUUCAUGAUAAAAAAUAUGUGUAUUUUUGUUCUAGAACAUCAUUUUUGAUAGCAAAGUUUUGCCAUCUUGCUAACAUUUAGCUGGUCAAGAGAAAGACUCUGCACAAAAGUUUUCACAAUUUUGCUUUUUAAAUCUAUAUGAGCCCAUAAAAUAGUAUUUCUAGAGGUUUAACUUGUGUGCCUUAGAAGGCAGUUUUAUGAUAACUUUUUAAAAAGGUUUUCUAAUCAACAUUUAACUGUUAGCUUUCAUUUGAUUGUUAAAUUGAGACUUUAUCAGUUGCUGGGACCAUAGAUUGAAAAAGCAAAUGUGAAGGUUUUUUUUUUUUGUUGUUUAAGUGAGUUAGGAAAAACGGUAAUAAAACACGCAAAGAAAGAUUAUCUUGUUUUUUCAUGUACACUCAGAUCUUUGUUUUUUAAAUAAAAUCCACUAUUUUUUUAUUGUAGUUUUAGUAUUGGUGUAAAAUGAAAGAAAUUUGGAAAUAAAAAAAUAUCUUUCUUACAAUCGUGAUUUACAAGACAGAUUUUUCUAACAUUUCGGCUGUAUUGAAAAAAAAAAUUAAAGGAGAUUUUAGGUCUGGAUAACUACAGUUUAAUAUUGCUAACUCCAGAAAUUGAUGGACAAUUGGAAUUAGUUUAUACUGUUUACAUUUUCUGACAGACAAUGGACUCUAAGAAAUGAUGAAGAAUAAAUAAUUUCUUUAUUUGCACUGUGUACACUGUCAGGAAACACGUAUUAUGAAACGCUUUCAUUACCAGCUGGUAUUGUUUGUGACAGAUCUCUGCUAAAUUCUGUUUAGAUGAAUUCAUCUUGGGAACAUGAAACACAAACCGUGAAUAGGAGGGAAAAGGCCCUGAGAUGGAGAGACUGGAUCCAGCCUCUGCAUGUUUCUGAAGUGUUGCCGGGAAAGCCUUGGCCACUAACCCAGAACAGACCACUGAUGUCUCCCACAAACUAUCGAGAUGUUUUACAAGCCGGGCUGGGUUUUCUCUAACAGUGAUACAUGCCGUUCCAUCUGUAGCUCAUUUCAUGGCGGGGCAUCAUUCCAAAAUAAUUCACAAAAGGGCACCAGUUAAAUGUUGCUUUGGUCUCUGACCAACAAAGCCGUUCAGAGAUGAGGUUUUUGUCACCACAGAACAUGUUUGGUCAAACAAACAUAUCACUUUUUCAGAGUAAAUGUAAUUUUACUAAUUUAAAAGCUUUGCUCCACAAACAACAGAAGCUCAGGUUUUCCUUUUGGAACAAGUUCACUAUUCCAGACCAUGAAAAUGGCAUCAGUCAGUUUAUCUCUGCUUGCCAUGACUUUUAAUUCGUCUUCUGCCGUCAACCAGUUAUUGAUGAGCAGACUGACAUUCAAGCAUGUUUAUUGAUUUGUGGAAAAAGUAUGAUUCGAUGUAGCCUGUUGUAAAUAUAGAUACAUAUUUCUAGGCAGAGAAAUUUAGACUAUGAAAUGUUCUCUUUGCACUGGGUUUGAAGUAUUAGCCAAAAUAAAGAAUACUACUUAUCUAAAA